AGACGGUGCCUAGCGCGGGUCAAGCACGCAGGGAAUUUCGCUCCCGAGGCCCAGGCGCGGCGCGCUUUUCAGACGAAAAACCACUUGCCUCGAUCUCUCCGUCCCGUUCCCUUCUCCUCCCGCCCUUAACGCCCAUCCGCGGCCAGAAACGUGAAAAGAAAUCCGUCAGCGGCCAGAGCGACGUACAGAGAAAGAGCGAAGGCGUGGGUCGCGCGGGAGAAAUGGAGCGCCCCCAUUGGCGGAAGCCCCCUGCCCCUCCCCUGGCGGCGGCCCCCCACCCUCUGCCCGUCCACGCGGGGCAGUCACAACACGCCCCGCAGCGGCGCGCGACUCAGUGAGCCAGCGCCACGCGUCGAGUGCUAUAGCCGUAUCGCCCGUCGUACGUGCGAGGCCCGCCUAGCUACGCGACGACCCGACACCCCAGCCCGACAGGGUGCUACCAAUGCGCGUCACACUGACGAGCAGGCGUCACGCAAUCAGCUCCGCUACCAGUACCUGCGCCAUCCGUGCCGCACGUAUAGCGAAAUAGCCGCGGCUGCGACCACGUGGUCACACGCGCACAGCUCUUCCUAAUAGGAGAUUUGUAAAUAAACAUUGGGAAUAAAGCGCGGUCCCGUGUACCUGUUAGCACCCCACCCCUAGUACUCGUUGCCCACCUGCCGCGGACGAGGGAGAAGUAGAGGUAGUUUCGGACGUGUCACAGGCAGCCGAGCUCGCGGGCAAAGAUGACGAUGGCGGUGAAGGCCGAGGCGCGCAACGGGCACGAGCUGGCCCCCCUGGCCCGCGACGGCGUCGGCGUCACCAUCGUGGUGCCUCCGGGAGCGCCGGGCUCCCGCGGGAGCGUCGGCAGCAUCGUGGCCGUCGACCGCGCCGCCUGGAACAACAAGCUGCAGUUCUUCCUCAGCAUCAUCGGCUACAGCGUCGGCCUGGGCAACAUCUGGAGGUUCCCCUACCUGUGCCAGCAGAACGGCGGAGGUGCUUUCCUGAUACCCUUUGCCGUAAUGCUUGUUCUGGAAGGGAUACCUCUUUUCCUGAUUGAACUGGGAAUUGGACAACGCAUGCGGCUGGGAUCCAUGGGCGUAUGGAACACAAUACACCCUUGGCUGGGUGGAAUUGGCAUUGCUAGUGGAAUAGUCACGUUCUUGAUCUCGUUGUACUAUAACGUCAUCAUCACUUGGUGCUUCUAUUACCUGUUCAACUCAUUUCAGAGUCCUUUGCCCUGGGCAUCCUGUCCUGUAAUCAAUGGCACAGAAAUUGCUGAGUGUGCAAAAUCCUCUGAGACAGCUUAUUUCUGGUACCGAACAACACUUGAUGCAUCACCAGCGAUUGAUGACCCACAGGGCCUGAAAUGGUGGAUUGUAGUCCUCCUCCUAUUGGCCUGGACCACAGUCUUCUGCAUAGUCAUGAAAGGCAUUCAAUCUUCUGGGAAGGUUGUCUAUUUCACAUCCCUGUUCCCAUAUAUAGUCCUUACAAUCUUCUUCAUAAGAGGAUUAACAUUAGAAGGUGCUAAAGCAGGAAUAAUCCAUAUGUAUACACCAAAGGUUGAAAAGCUUCUUGAUCCAACUGUGUGGCUUGAUGCAGCUACACAAGUAUUUUAUUCCUUUGGGUUGGCUUUUGGAUCGCUCAUAGCUUUUGGCAGUUACAAUCCACCAAAAAAUAACUGUGUUCGUGAUGUUAUUCUUGUUUCUAUUGCAAAUGCAUGUACUGCUAUUUAUGCCAGUGUGGUCAUCUUCUCAAUUCUUGGUUUCAAAGCCAUGACUAUUGUACAUAAAUGUAUUGAUGGGAACACAGAAAAACUAUUGCAUAUUGGUUUCAAUGUAUCAAAAGAUGAUUAUGAAGACUUCAUGAACAACUUUGGAACUAAUGACACUAUAAAAGCAUUGCAGUUAGAGGACUGCAGCUUGGAAAAGCAGCUAGAUGAGGCUGCAGAGGGUACAGGUCUCGCCUUCAUAGUCUUCACAAAGGCUAUUGUUGAGCUGCCAUUCUCACCUUUCUGGUCUCUAAUUUUCUUCAUGAUGCUGCUGGCCUUGGGCCUUGGUUCGCAGAUUGGCAUUCUUGAGGGAAUGCUUUGCACAAUUUUUGACAUUGAAAUACUGAAGAGGGUGCGAAAACAGUACAUAACAGCUGCUGUCUGUAUUGUGUGCUUCUUUGUGGGUCUCCUCUUUUGCUCUGGUGCUGGAGAGUACUGGCUCAAGCUGUUUGACUCAUUUGGAGGCACUAUUGGACUUGUACUUGUUGCUUUACUUGAAACUGUUGCAGUUAUGUAUGUUUAUGGACAUGAAAAGUUCACUAAGGAUAUUGAGGACAUGACAGGAUACAGACCAGGAAUUUACUGGCAGAUAACGUGGAGACUACUUGGUCCACUAUUGAUGACAGUAAUUCUUGUGACAUCAGUGAUUUUCAUGAUAAUUAAUAAACCAAAAUACCAUGCAUGGAAUGCAGAACUGGGAAAAACUGUUGCAACAGAUUACCCUGAUUGGGUAAUGGGAAUAGCUAUAUGUAUGGUUGUUGCUGGAAUUCUUCCAAUGCCAAUUGUAUUUAUUCUGAGAAGAUGUCAGUGCUUGAAGCUAGAUGUAAACAUUCACCAAGGUUCUAUCAGAAGAAUUGAGACAACAGUUUCUACGAAAGAAAUGAUGGGAGAUGUUGAUUUUGAUGAAUAUCAUGAUAUACCCCAAGAUGGUUCCGAUUUUGUUGAUGAUGACGAUGAUGAUGAGCCGCCAAAUAUGGGAUCUUUGAAGCGACAGAAGAGAGAAUUUGCCAUGGAAGUAAUGGACUAAGUAAUUGUGCUCAAUUAGUGUUAGUGAAUAUGGACUUUGUGAAAUGGGCCAGUGAAAUGCAAGCUCAAAGCGAAAUGAAAGAAAUGAGUUUUAAAGCAUACAAUGGCCGACAUACUGCCACAUACAUUAUGAACAGAGCAACAAUAAAUGGCACCAUGAAUCUCAUUAUGUAGAGCAUAAACUACCAUUGUCUAUAAAUAUUGUACAUAGUGUUUUCCUAAGUUUUUAUUAUUUUGAGUGAUCCUUUGACAUUUUUCAUAUGUUUCAUAAUGAUUUUUGUAGUUUUUAACCUAAUAAGCAGCCUUCAUUGAAUCAGUGUGUGAUAAACAGCCCAUUGGUUCAAAUAUCACUCAUUAUGAGUAACAGCUGCAACAACCCGGUGAGAAUUCAUGAAAAGUAUUAUUUUAUUAUGUCACAAAAAAGAGGACAUAGUGUCUCAAAUUCAAAAUGAAGCCAAAAUUGUUGAACAUGGCUAAUAAGUGAAUGUUAUCUUGAGAUAUUGUUGACAGUUCCCUUAACUUAUCAUGUCUUUUUUCAUGGUUGUUUACUGAUUUUUAUUAAAGAUUUAGUACUGUAUAAUUCCUUCUGACACUUGUAGCAUCCUUAUUUAAUUUUCAUGAUUCUUAUUUUUACCUUGAGGGCACAAACUGUGUAAAAAGGACUCUAGAUUAUAUUUUGUAACAUAAUGAGAACUACUAAUAAUUGUAUAUAUGUACAUGUAAAUAGUAUUUAUUUAAGCUUUUUAAGAUAAUAAAAAUUAUACAUACCAUAAA